UUGACUGUGAACGGUUUUUUAUUGAAUGGUGUUCACUAGGUUUUUAGUGAAUUUAUAAACAGGUCACCCCUGUUGUUAUUGGGCACGGCUCCUGGCACUUCCUUGUUCAAAAGUUUUAUUUAGGGGAAGGCUUGGGGGAAAAGUUGAACGCCGGGGUUGUAUGUGUUGACGUUGUUGGUGGCAACUAUUAAGUGCAUGGAAGUUGUUCAUCGUGUAUUUUGGGGGCAUAACUAGCGUGUUGGUAUCGCAGUUGGUCCCAUGGCUGCGACAAGUAGAAGCUAGCUAAACGCUGCAGCACUGAGCGCCUUCACAAAGAGGAAGAAUGUCCACGGCUAAUGUUAGCGAAGACAUCCGAGUGAAGUUUCCUCUGCACUCCGCGGUGUGGGAGAACGACUACAGGACGCUGCAGGAACAAAUCACGUUACAACAGAAUGACGUAGAGACUGUGGAUCCCAGAGGUCGCACUCCUCUGCACCUGGCUGUGUCGCUGGGACACCUGGAGUCAGUGAGGGUCCUUCUUAGACAUGGUGCUCAAGUGACUAAAGAAAACUCCACCAGUUGGACAGUGCUGCAGGAGGCCGUCAGCACAGGAGAUCCAGAGAUGGUUCAGUUGGUGCUUCAACGCAGAGACUACCUCAAAGCCUCCACUGCUUUGGGAGGAGUGCCUGAGUUGCUGUCAAAGAUUCGAGAGUCUCCAGACUUCUAUAUGGAAAUGAAGUGGGAAUUCACCAGUUGGAUCCCUCUUCUGUCCCGGGUUUGUCCAAGUGAUGUUUGUCGCAUUUGGAAAAGUGGCGCCAGCCUGCGAGUGGAUGCCACUCUUCUUGGCUUUGAAAACAUGACGUGGAUCAGAGGGCGUCGGAGCUACAUCUUUAGAGGAGAUGAUUCCCAUGCAGAGUUGAUGGAGGUUAACCAUGACGAUGAAGUAGUAGACACAGAACGCUUCAACAUAUCUCAAGAAAUGGAGGAUGUCACUCUAGAAUCCAUGCAGCCAGCUGAACAAGAAGUUGCCAAAAGGCUGACUACUCCAAUUGUCAACACCUACCUGGACACCAAGGAUAUCGCUUUUGAGAGGAACAAGUCUGGGAUUUGGGGCUGGAGGUCUGACAAAACUGAAAUGGUCAAUGGAUUUGACGCCAAGGUUUUUAGUGUAAAUAAUGUAAAUGUAGUGAUCAGAACGAGGACGGAGCAUCUUACAGAUGAGGAGAAAGCCAGGAUAAAGAGUGAAAGGAACAUCUUGGAGUCUCUGCUGGGGACUGUGGAGCAACACAUAAGUGCACAAGGGGAUCUGACUCUUGAGUAUGCAACUGCCACCAAUCCCACUGCCAUCACUCCGGAGGAAUACUUCGACCCAGAGUUUGACCUGGGGGACAGAGACAUCGGACGACCCAUUGAACUGAGCAUUCGAACACAGAAGUUCAAAGGUACUUUGUGGAUGAGUGAGGAACAUCCUCUGUCCCUGGUGGAGCAGGUGACCCCCAUCAUUGACCUCAUGGCUCGCACCAGUUCCCAUUUUGCACGGCUACGAGACUUUGUGACACUGAAUUUCCCUCCUGGAUUUCCUGUGAAAAUAGAGAUUCCACUUUUUCAUGUGCUUAAUGCCAGGAUCACAUUUGGUAGUGUCAACAAAUGCAGUACUGAAGAGGAGGUGAACACACCGCCAGCAGCUACGACGCCAGCAGCUACGACGCCAGCAGCUACACCGACAUCCUCAGGAGAAGAAGAAGAAGCUGCCGCACUGCCUCUGUUCCAAGUGUGUCCGUCAGUGUUUGAGGUGCCUGCCAGUUAUCACCGCCGCGGAGGGAGCCGACACACACAGGUUUCCAGUAACGACGAGGAGCUUUUGCAGUACGCCAUCCAUCAGAGUCUCCUGGAGUCUCGGGAUAUCCCAAGCCAGGACGGGACGUUUGAAGAUACUGACGGAGACUUCACUGAUGUAAUGGCAAGCAGUAAUAGUGACAGGAGUGUCCCAGAGGGGGUGCUAGUGGAAUAUGGAGACACCUCCAGCCCUGCCAGCUCCCUCUCUGCCUCCAGUCCUGACACAGAACUCCGCCUGGCCAUGGAGCUCUCUGCUCGCGCUCAAGCCGAAGAGGAGAGGAUGAGGCAGCAGGAGGAAGAGGAUCUGGAGAGGAUAUUGCAGCUAUCGCUCACUGAGAAGUAAAGGGAAUAAAAGGGAAUAAUAAUACAACUUUUCCAGAUGCAGAAGCAACCACCACACCUCAAUGUUCCUCCCAAACCACUGUAGUCAUCUAUGCAACUGCAGAUUUCUUUCUGUAACAUCUUUGCAAUAUCAGACUCUGGAUAACCAAUAUUCCCCAAAAAUAUUUUUUGGUAAUAGCAUACCCCUUUAUAUAUUUCUAUCUCAGCAUAAUGUGUGGCUCCAUCCUCAAGCUUAAUUCUUGGACUCUGAUGCAUCAUUUUUGAAACUUCCUGUUAUUUAUUUUACUUUCAGAAUGAUAGCAGCGAACCAUAUUCUUCACACUGUUGCCCACAAGGGGGAGGGGGGUCUCACCAGUGUAUUUAAGGUUCUAAGAACAUAAACGUUUGACUUUUCAAGAGGACUUCAUGUAGUGCUAGCACUCAAAUAAGGGCGCUGUUUCCUGGCACCUGUUGCUUGAGUCUCUGAUUUUUAGAAAGCUUGAAGCAAAACAACCUAGCAUCAUAAAAGUUGUUUGAAAGCUACUUGUGCUCCAGGCCAAAAGGGAGAGAUCUGAGUGUUUUCACUGUGAAGUCUUUCUACAGGAGUCAUGUUGAGAACCAUGAGCUCACUAAAUAACAGAAAUCUCAGGGUUCAUAUUUAACACACGUCCCCCUCCCUUUGGAAUUAAUUUGUUAAUCACUUACUAUCAUAAAUUGUAGCCUGAUAACUUUCUCUUCGUGCAUAUCACUCUUUUCCAUAUUGAUAAGAAUUCUGAACGUUUGCUUCAUUAAGUCAAAAGUUCAUAAUGUGUUUUGUGAAUGUACACUCUGCAGAUGGGGGAAACAAAAGCAUGUUACUUUGAGGGUAACGUUAAAUCAGCUGCAUGGAUAUAGAAUAGCUUUGCAGCAGCAAGGAUGUUAUUGAACAUUUGUCUCAGAUUCCAUGAGUCACUGAGCGACUGUGUACAUUAUCACCUCAGUUUAAAAAAAUGAAACAGCAGAGACCAGACUCUCUGUUUAUUUAAAGCCGGUAUGCAUUGAAGAGGUCACAAAACCAGUGCUGCAGAGAUUACCCAGAAUCCUAAAGGCAGCAUGUUUUGCCCUUUGUAGCCAUGAACAACUCUCCACUUCCAAGCAGCAAAAAGACAAAGCAUGUUCGCCAUGUGCCAAGGGAAAGCUUAGUCUAGGCAAGGGGUGGUGACUUUUUUUCUGUGCUGCCACUCAGACUUCACUUUUGAAAAGAUUAUUUUAAAUUUUGUAAUUUAAAAAAAAACAAAAAACAAGGGGAAAAAGUGUUUCAGUUGUAACAGUGUGAUGCUAAAUUAGAUGCAUUAACCACUAUAGGUGAUUUCACUAAUCAUCAACCACUUUGUUUGGGGUCUCUCUGCGAUGCUGCGUCCGUCGAGAGUUUCAGCUCAUCAACAGCUAAUGACUGAACCGUGGACUUUUAUACGGCUAGCUUUGGUUCAUUAGAUGCAGCUCUUUGUACUGCACUGUUUCAUCUACCAAGUUUUUUUUAAGUUGAAAUUCUAAAACAAAAUUGUGUUGUUGUUUUUUUUAAUGUUGUCUCUGAAAUAAAAGCACUUUAUUUCCAUGAGGAUUAAA